AUGGGAUGCAUGAAUGCUUCAGGAUACAUCUCGGGACCUAUUGAACCAUUUUAUUAAUCUAAUAAAUCCAAUUUUCAAACAUUCCUAAUUGAAUAAUUGACACUCCUAGGAUUCCAAGAAAGUUAAAUUGUUAUUUCAAAAAAUAUUGAAAUCAAAUACAUGUAUUAAUAUCAAUAUCUAUGUAUAGACCCUAUCUUAAAGAAUUACAAACUUCCAUUCAUUAGGAUAUCCAUUCACCAUUCCAUAAUAAUAUUUAUCUGGUGCCUGUAUUAACCAAUUAGCUUAGAGAAAUUUACAUCAAAACUUCAGAAUUCUUAAUAAGAUUUCAUGAUUACAAACUAAAUACACUUAUCAAUAAACUAGGAUUUAAAUAUCAAGCUCUUCUUAGAAUUGGUGAUCUCUUUCCAAAAUAAUUAAAUUUAAGAUUUUACAAUAGUUAAAUCCAAAAAGUUCAAAUUGAUCCUAACUUAAUUAUUGUUGUCAUUAAUUCAAUUGAUAUUGGGUAUCCUCUUUUGCAAUUCAUUAAAGAACUCAAUCAAAUAUUUUUACUUGUUUUUCGUUAAGACGACAAUGAUAAUUAACAUAUUAAUUUAUUCAUUGAAACCAAUUCAUUUCAAAAGUAUUAACCCUUUUUUAAUAUAUAGUUGUUCUGUGAUUAUUGGAUUAGAUGAUAAAGAAGAAAGAUAUAAUACUAUAAUUAAUCUUUAUACUAAAGUCAUUAAAAAAUAAAAGAAAAAUUAAAACUCUGAUUCUCAUUCUAGAAUGCUAACUUAAUUUUUAAAUUAAGAAGAUCAAGAAUAAUUCUGGGAUGACGGAACACUUGUUUUCAAUAUUUUAAAUUCUACUCAAACUCAUAUUUCCACAAAUACAUCUAUCAUUAAUAUCUAAAAUUAUAAGAUAAUAUCCAUUAAACAAUUUAACAAUAAAGAUUCCUAAUUCCAUUCUUAAAAGUCUUUACAAGAUAAAAAACAUAUUGAUUAAUACACAUACAAAUCAAUCAAAUAAAUCAUGAUUAAAGAACUUAUUUAAGCAUUGUAAUUGAAAUCUUCGUAAUUCUCUCAGUAUUUCAAAUUGAAAUUGUCAACAUAAAAAAUUUAUAAAGAUUUGAAAUUAUAAUCAAAAAUUUAUAUGCCUUCACAAUUGAAAUUAUAAAAUUCAAAUUAAAUUGAGAAUAAAACUUAAGAAAUAUUAACCAUAAUCAAAAAAGCUUCAUAUGAUACUUUAAUUGUUAAAUAAUCCUCUAAAUUUUAAAUAGCCAAUAAAUAAAGAAUUCUACAAAUACUUCAAUAAAUCUUUAAAGAAUAAGAUGUUAGUCAAAUUAAUAUUGUUAUCAAUUCCAUCUUACAUAUAUAAUGGAGUCUUGGAGAUGAAAUUAUUAAUAGUCAAUUUAAUAUUCAAAAUUAGAAUUGUCAAAAUUAUAAAUAUAAAUGGAAAAUGAUCAAGUUUUAUGAUAAUUACAAAAUCACUAACCUUUCUUAACCAAAAAAAUAAUACAUAUUCUUUUAGGCUAAAUAAUUAAUAAAAUGUUUAACUCGAAAAUGUGAUUUAGAAAUUUUAAAUAAAAUUAUUAAUCAAAUUAUACUUGAUAAGUGGAGCAUCUAUGAAGAAUACUCACCAAUUUGUGAUGUUUAUCAAAUUUCAUUUAUUAAUUCAACAUCAGUUGAUGAAACUUCGUAGUAUCAAGAAAAACUAGAUAAAAUAGUAGUUUCAUAAGAGGUAUGAAAUAAUCUCUAUUAUUAAGAAUCAAUAUUUAAUCAUUUUUUUAAUGGAUUACUAAGAUCCAUAAAAAAUUAGUCAGCUUGAUUAAAUAAUUUCACUUCCUAUGUAGAUGGAUACUAAACUUAUUAUUUUAAGUAAUUCUGAAUUUGAUAAUGAUAAUUUUGAACAAUUAUUAAAUAAGAAGAAAAUAGAAAAAAGAAUUUAUUAAAAGAAUAUUUAAUUUUGGUUCCCAAUUUCAUCUUAAAUAAAUGAAAUGUAAUUUUCAUAAUAUUUGGAAAUUUUUUAUAAUCUAAAUUAAAAAGAGAAUGUAAUAAUAGUCAACAAUAAUAAUUAAUUAUGUCAUAAGAUUAAUGGUUUUCAUCUUAUAACAAUGCUGUAGGAAAGAAAUUAUCAAGAAGAUGAUAAGAAGAAUAAUAAUAAUAAUGGAAUGAAGAAUUAACAAAGACUUUAACAUAAUGAUUAAUUAAAAAAGGCUAGAUAAUAAUUGAAAUAGAAUAUUGAGAAAGAGAUUAAGCAACAAUAACAAUUAUCAUUAUAGAAUGAUUAAGAUCAUUCAACAAAUAUGAUUUUAGAUUUUUAAUGGGCUAAAGAGAAGACUAUCAAAUUUGAUGCAGAGGAAAAAGUAUAAGUAGUUUAAAAAUAAUAUUUGAAACCAAUUUUCAACAAUAAUAGUGGAAUAUAAUUUGAAAUAUUUUAAUAGAUAAUUUCUAAUAAACAAUAUGAUUUUCAUUGA